UGUGAAAGGCCGCAGGAAGAUGGCGGCGGCCUUCAGCGGAGCUCUGCAGCUGACCGAGCUGGACGAUUUCAUCGGGCCCUCGCAGGAAUGCAUAAAACCAAUCAAAGUUGACAAGAAACAUGGGAAAGCAGCAGCUAAGAUCCAUAUUGAAGAUGAUGGAACUUACUUCCAAAUUGACCAGGCUGGAGGGUCACAAAAAUUGGAAAAGGCCAAAAUUACUCUCAAUGACUGUUUGGCUUGCAGUGGCUGCAUCACGUCGGCGGAGAGUGUCCUAAUCACUCAGCAGAGCCAUGAAGAGCUCUGCAAAAUGUUAAAUGCCAAUAAGGCAUCCAAUUCUCCCAAGAAACUGGUGGUAGUGUCUGUGUCUCCACAGUCCAGAGCUUCUUUAGCUGCAAGAUUCAAACUGACUCCUUUAGACACGGCCAAGAAGCUGACCGCCUUCUUUAAGAAUUUAGGGGUUCAUUUUGUCUUUGACACAACUUUCUCCAGGAACUUCAGUUUGAUGGAGAGUCAGCGAGAAUUUCUGCAACGUUUCCAGAGACGAGCAGAAGAUAAGAAGGCUUUGCCAAUGUUAGCUGCUGCUUGCCCUGGUUGGAUCUGCUAUGCUGAAAAGACUCACGGGACUUUUAUCACCCCACACAUCAGCACCACGAGAUCGCCCCAGCAGAUCAUGGGCUCCCUGGUUAAGGACCACUUUGCCAAGCAGCAGUGCCUAACCCCAGACCAAAUCUACCAUGUAACUGUGAUGCCUUGCUAUGAUAAAAAGCUGGAAGCUUCCAGGCCAGAUUUCUUCAUUCAAGAGCACCAAACUCGUGAGGUUGACUGUGUAAUUACCACAGGAGAAGUCUUAAAGUUGCUGGAUCAGGAGGGACUCUCCCUUCCUGAAGUGAAUUCUGUGCCUUUGGAUAGCAUGUUUGGCAGCCUUUUGGAAGAACAGCUCUUUGGCCAUUAUGGAGGUGGCUCUGGGGGCUACUUGGAGCACAUAUUCAAGUAUGCAGCAAAGGAGCUCUUUGGCAUUCCAGUGAAGGAACUUCACUACAAGAUCCUGAAAAACAAAGAUUUUCAAGAGGUGACGCUGGAGAAGGAUGGCCAGACUCUCCUGCACUUUGCCUUGGCAUAUGGAUUUCGGAACAUCCAGAACUUUGUGCAGAAACUGAAACGUGGAAAGUUGCCCUACCACUACGUUGAGGUGAUGGCUUGUCCCUCAGGGUGCUUAAAUGGAGGGGGACAGAUCAGAGCAGAAGGUGAAUCCAGCAAGGAUCUGUUCCAUCAUGUGGAGACACUGUAUGAAAUGGUCCAGCCAGAAGACCCCGAGAUGAACAAAGCUAUCAGGGACCUCUAUGUCCAGUGGCUUGGUGGCCCCACUUCUGCACAGGCUCAGAAGCACCUGCAUACACAUUACCAUGCUGUGGAGAAAGCCAGCACAGGCUUUAAUAUUAAGUGGUAAAGCUGCUCAGCAGAUCCUUUGCUGCUCCAGAUGA